AUGGAUGGCGACGAGCUUAUUGCCUCGGUCUACCGCAAGAUCGAGCGGGAAAAGGCCCUGAUCGCCGCCGCCAGUAACAUGCGGCAGUCGACCGACAACCCCUCCGUUCAACAGCGUGUCGACUCCAGCAUCCGCGAUGGCCGCAAAAAUAUCGCUUACCUGGAGGAAAAAAUGCGAGAGCUACAGAUCCGUCACAUGGAGCAACAAGGUGGUGGCUCCCCUAGCGACCAGCGUCAGGGUUCGGGGCCCGCGCCGCCCCCCAAAGACCCUUCUGGAUACUUCACGGGUGAGGGUGAUGGUCCUAAUUACCCUCAAAGUGGCGCGGGCACCAUGCCAACGGGCGCUCCGUUUGCUGAUCCUCGGCCGUAUGCCCAAGUUCCUAAGGCGCGCCCCAAUUAUACAAAGCUUGAUCUAAUCAAAUAUGACACCCAAUACCUCGGACCGAAAAUUCAACUCAUGUUGUCUCAACUCGAAUUCAAGCUGAGUGUGGAGAAACAAUAUAAGGCAGGAAUUGAGAAGAUGGUCCGCCUGUACCAGGAUGAGGGUGAUCGGAAGAGCCGCGCAGAUGCAGAGGGACGUCGCAUUGAAAGUAAUCAGAAGAUCCAGUUGUUGAAGCAGGCUUUGAAGCGAUACGAGGAUCUCCAUAUCGACAUUGAAUCCUCGGACGCCGCAGACGAUGAGAGUCUAAGCAGCCCAAAUAUGCGCAAGCCGUUGACCGGUCUUCUAACUAUGCGCAUCCACGCCGUGAAGGAUGUGGAUCAUGCCACUAGUUCUCGAUUUUCUCGCGGCCCUGAGACCUAUGUCAUUGUAAAGGUGGAAGAUGCAGUCAAAGCACGAACAAAGGCAACUCGCAAUGAUAAAUGGUUGGACGAAGCGUUUUCCAUUGAUAUUGAUAAAGCGAAUGAGAUCGAGCUUACGGUUUAUGACAAGGCUGGAGACCGCCCUACUCCCAUUGGUAUGCUGUGGGUGCGCAUUUCUGAUAUUGCGGAGGAGAUGCGUCGCAAGAAGAUUGAGACGGAACUUAACGCCUCUGGGUGGGUUUCCGCCGACAAGAUGGGCGAUUCGGGCACCCCUCGAUCUGAUCACCCCGGUUCACCGGGCUCAUCACACGGCGGCGCCAACUUCCAAGGAAUGGCUCCCCCGAUGGGCCAGCAGCCUGGAGAUAACCCGAACGCGCCCCCAAGUGUGAUGAUUGAUUCCUGGUUUGCCUUGGAACCAUUUGGUAGUAUUCAUCUUUCGAUGAGCUUUGCCAAGCAACUGAAGGACCGUCGUCCCUUCGACAUUGGUCUCAACCGCCAAGGUGCCGUGCGCCAAAAGAAAGACGAUGUUCACGAGAAGCAGGGUCACAAAUUCGUUACCCAGCAGUUCUACAACAUCAUGCGCUGUGCGCUAUGUGGAGAAUUCCUUAAAUAUGCUGCGGGUAUGCAGUGCUCGGAUUGCAAAUACACCUGCCACCGUAAAUGCUACCCGAAGGUUGUCACCAAGUGUAUCAGUAAAGCGAAUUACGAAACCGACCCCGACGAAGAGAAGAUCAACCAUCGUAUUCCUCACCGAUUCGAAGGAUUUUCUAAUAUCUCCGCGAACUGGUGUUGCCACUGUGGUUAUCUGCUUCCCUUUGGCCGCAAGAACGCAAAGCGUUGUAACGAAUGUGGCCUUACUUCCCACGCUCACUGCACCCAUCUUGUUCCUGACUUCUGCGGCAUGUCAAUGGAGGCGGCAAACCAAAUCCUCGAGACUUUGAAUCGCACAAAGCACAUUAAACAGUCAACCUCUGUCAGUAGCGGCCUCAAACACCAUACCCUUCGGCCUGGCGGCCCACCACAGCCAAAUCAAGACCACGCCAGGCUUUCAUACCCCCAAAAACCCACCAGUGGCCCCUAUGGGGCAAUUCCCCGGCAACCCUCAUCAGAAGCCGUAAGCGCGGCGACUAACUCCUUUAUGACCCCACAGUCCCCCACGACGCUUCCACAAGCUGCGCGCCAACCACUUCCACCGAAAUCUCCCAACUCGACUUCUUCUGCUGCUGCUGCUGCUGCCACGGCAGCAGCCGCAGCAGCCGCAACCGGGAUGCGUAGCCAUCAACAGACUCCAAGUAUAGGCCCCGCCUCACCAGCAACACCUAGCUAA